AGAAAGAAUCUCACGGUGGUGCAGAAAAACUAUCUGACUGAAGUCUUGCAAGCUGGGGAACGCACUGGGCAAAAAGCAGAUCCAACUAGCAUCUCAAAGGCAAUGCGAAGAGUAAAGCAUAGUGAUGGCUCUAAUAUCUUCGACAAGUGCGAUCUCACACCACUACAAAUAGCAGGAUUUUUUCCUCGCUUGUCAGCAAAGAAAACGUAUAGUGUGGAACAAUCCAGUGAGGAGGAAGAACCUGAAAGGAAUGAGCUGAUAACAGAGAAGGCAAUCGAAGAAAUGUCCAACGAAGUAACGAAAGCACUGGAUUAGCUCUUCAGCAUCCCAUCAUGUACGAAACAUACAACAGGUGUGAG